AUGACUGACUCUGCGCGACCAAUCCUGGGAAGGGACAAACACCGACAACAUGCCUUGGAGCUAAUGACUGAUCAUCCAUUGAUUGAUACUCAUGUAGAUCUACCUAUGGUGAUGCGGGCAGUCAGUAGGAAUCCGGUGGAAGGAGCUGCACAACUAGCAAAGUCAUAUCCUGGUCACGUUGAUGUACCGAGAAUGAGACAAGGGAAAUUGGGUGGGCUGUUUAUGGCUGUUUGGAUACCAUGUAGACCCGGAACAGAUUAUUGUUUACCAAGCGACGACGUAAGGGAUGCUCUUGAACAGAUCGAUCAAAUUCAAUUGAUCAUGCGAGAAAAAGAUUUUCAAUACGCACGGAGCUCUGGAGAUGCCAUGAAUGCUUUCAAAGCUGGUAAACUUGCUACUUUUAUUGGGGUAGAAGGAGGUCACAUGUUAGGGAAUUCAUUGUCUAUACUUCGGAUAUGGGCACAGCUUGGAGUGAGAUAUAUAACCUUGACUCAUACCGGUCAUAAUGCUUUCGCUUCCUCAGCUGGUAGUGGAGAUCCAAUUGAGCCUAUUCAUCCCGGGAAUGGAUUGACUGACUUGGGGAAGGAAUUGAUCAAAGAGAUGAACCGUACAGGCAUCAUGAUUGAUCUUUCUCAUGUAUCGGAUGAAACGAUGAAACAAUCUAUAAGAUUAUCCAAAGCACCUAUCAUAUUCUCUCAUUCGAACGCACGUGCAAUUUGUGAUCACCCUAGAAACGUUCCCGACGAUGUAUUGGAUAUGAUAGGCAGUGAAGAAGGGAAGAAUAAUGGAGUGAUUCAAUGUGUCUUCUGUCCUGACUUUGUUGAUAAGGUCAUUCCUUCCUUGGAGAAAGUAGCAGAUCAUAUAGAAUAUCUAGCUAAGAAAUGUGGUAAAACUCAUGUCGGUAUUGCAUCAGAUUUUGAUGGCAUAGAAAAUAGUGUUCCAGGCUUGGAGGAUACUUCUAAAUAUCCGGAUCUGAUAACUGAGAUGAUAUGUAGAGGAUGGACAGAUGAAGAGAUCGUCGGACUUAUGGGAGGAAAUCUUUUCAGGGUCAUGGAUGAAGUGGAUAAAGUUCAACGAGGACUGGAAGCUCAAAAACCUUCAGGAGCAAUAUAUGAUAAAAGGCAAGAUCUUGCUUCUUGGUGGGAAUGGUUACCUGAUGUCGCCAAGGAGACUUUCCCGAAACCAGUGGAAAUUUAG